AUGGUUUACGUCGACCCGGAAUUCAACGUGCCUAGUAUCCCCGAGGACGAACGAUACGAGGGCAGGGAGGUAGAUCCUAAUGUACUUGCAGCACUACCCUCAGACAACCGUGUCAUAUGGUCCAAGACGCAUGGAGCCUCGUUCUGGGCCAUCAGCUGGAUAAUCGAGACCGAAGAUUUGAGAGGCAACGAUCAGUUGUACUUUGUGAAAGUCUAUACGACCCCUAAAGCUCGGGCGCAAGCAGAAGGAGAAUUCGAGUCGACACAGGCCCUUCAUACCGUGAUCCCAGAGAACGUGCCUCGACCUAUUGGCCGGGGCGUCCUGGCCCGCGACCCAAGCAGACACUUCUUCAUCGCCGAGUUUAAAGCCAUGAAGGAGGUCGUGCCACCACCCGAGAAAGAGUUGGCCUCCGUCAUCGCCAACCUGCACAACAACUCCAUCUCCCCGAAUGGCAAGUUCGGGUUCCAGGUGCCGACGUCCCAGUCAUUGCAGCUGGAGAACACCUGGUGUGACACAUGGGAAGACUUCUUCACCCGAGCCUUUCGCCACACGGUCGAACUCGAGCAGGAAAUCCAAGGGGCCAACGAAGAUAUACAACGGUUAGCAGAUGAGAUGUGCGCCAAAGUGAUCCCCAGACUGCUUCGACCGAUGGAGACCGGGGGACGGAAGCUUAAGCCCACCCUGCUGCAUGGGGACCUGUGGCAUGGAAAUGUUGGAGUGGACUCCAAGACCGACCAGGUGGUGCUGUACGAUUGCUGUGCUUUCUACGGCCAUCAUGAAUACGACCUCGGCAUGUUCCGCGCCGCGCGCUACCGCACGUCUCAAGCGCAUGUGGCGGCGUACAAAACGCUCGUCGACGUCUCCGAGCCGCAGGGAGAUUUCGACGACCGCAACGCCCUGUACGCGCUCCGCGUCGACCUCGAGGUCUCGUGCGGCUGGCCCAGCAACAAGCGGAUGAGGCAGCUUGCCGUGGACGAGAUGAGGAGGCUUGUCGAUAAGUACCCGGGAGGAUUCGAGGCGUGGGAAGAAGAGGAGCACGGGAAGGAGAAGAAGCAUUAG